UUGCCCGAAAUUUUUGAUGUUUUUAUUUACAUCCGUCGUAUUAAAAUAAUAAAAUUGUUUCGGGUUUAUAAGAAUUUGUAUUUUGCAAUGGGUUUAUUUGGGAAAACACCCCAAAAAUCACCGAAAGAACAGGUGCAAGAAUGGUCUCGUUCCUUACGUAAAGAAUCAAGACAACUAGACAGGCAAAUUAGAAGUAUUGAAACGGAAAAAGCCAAGGUGACUCGUACUAUUAAAGACUCUGCAAAAAAAGGUGAUGUUGACAGCUGUCGUAUUCUUGCAAAAGAAGUUAUUAGAGCCAAGAAAGCCGUGAGCAAAUUGUAUGCAUCAAAAGCUCAACUUAACUCGGUUGAAAUGAGCAUGAAAAAUCAGCUUGCAACAUUGAGAGUUUCAGGGUCAUUACAGAAAAGCACAGAGGUUAUGAAGUAUAUGCAACAGUUGGUCAAACUACCCGAAAUACAAGCUACAAUGCAAGAGCUCUCCAAGGAAAUGAUGAAAGCUGGCAUAAUUGAAGAAAUGUUGGAAGAUACAUUUGACAGUGUAGAAGAGGAAGACAUGGAAGAGGAAGCCCAAGAAGAAGUUGAUAAAAUACUCUUUGAAGUCACCCAAGGGGCAUUGGGUCAAGCUGGUAGUGUUGCAACAAAUGAAUUACCUGGUGAGGUGGAAGGUGCCACAGCUAUGGCUGAGUCAGAUGAAGAGGAGGACAUGGCUGACAUGCAAAAACGACUGGAGAUGUUACGGAGUUAAAGUAAUGCUGUUCCUUACAAAGAAACUUAUGUGAAUGUUAUGAAUUUUGGAACAUAGAUAAUGUAUCACUUGUGUCCCUCAUUGCACUUAAUUGUGAUCUGGUGAGAGUGUGAAAGUUCUUAUGAUUUGUGACGUAUUGUAGUAAAUCUUAUAGAACUAAGACAUCUUUGUAUAUAGAAGAUUAACUUAAAUAACUGUACCAUCGCAAUCAUCAGAUCAUGAUUUCUACUUUCUAAUCAGUAACAGACAUUAUUUACACAGAAAGCAUGAGACACUUCCCAAAUUUGCCCCAAUUUUUACCAGACAAUUGCUAGAAAUAGUUGCAGGCAACAUAAUUGUUCAACAGACAGUUUUAAUUGUUGUGCAGCAAAUUUGGGAAGUUUUUUGGUAUUGUAAAUGUUACAUAGAAAUAGGGAAAAAUCUUCUCAUCUGCCUUGUGGUAUGUGAAGUGAGGUAAAGGAAUGUAAUAAAUUUGUGCAAUAACGAA